AUGUCGACUCAUGAGAGGAAAGCCAGUAUCAAAGAAUUCUAUGCUGUGAUAUUUCCUUCUUUGCUGCAACUGCAAAGGGGGAUCACUGAUGUGGAGGACAAGAAGCAGAAGGCUGUGUGCAUGGAGAGGUACAGAAAGAAAGAUGAGGACGAACGGGGCUCUUUAUCUGAUAUUGAUGUUGAGAGGGAAGAGAAGUGUGGGAUUUGCAUGGAGAUUUACAGCAAAGUUGUGUUGCCCAACUGCACCCAUGCUAUGUGCCUCAGAUGUUACCAGGACUGGAGUUCAAGAUCGCAGUCCUGCCCAUUCUGCCGUGACAACCUGAAGAAGACCUGUCCUGGUGACUUGUGGAUCUAUGUCGAGGACCAAGAUGUGGUUGACAUGGAGACAGUGUCAAGCGAGAACCUCAGACGGCUGUUCAUGUACAUAAGCAAGCUGCCUCUGAUUGUCCCAGACGUCAUCUUCAGUGUUUAUGAUUCCCACAUAAAAUGA